AUGCAUUGCGCCGAUGAGCAUCAAGCCGAGGGGGCCUUGAAACACAGCCUCACCUUUGAGGUGCUGAGUUUGGACUGUGGUUCUCCUCCCCAGUUGUGGAUGCAGGGGCCUGACCUUGGCAGGUGCUCCGCUUUUCGUCGACGAUCUUCGGCAGCAACAGUUGCGGUUAGCGCGUACUGGCCUGGGGCAGGUUCGAAUGCAGGUGGAAGCAUCCUUUCAGUUGAGCUGAACACAUCACUGCCAGACUCUUAUGACACCCUGUACUGCAAGUUUGACAAAACAGUGGUUGCAACUUACGCUUCUGAGGCAAGCAGUACAAGCGGAGGGCCAACUGCGUCGUUCAUAGUUCCAUCCUCUCGCAAGGAGAGGCAAAAGAUAGAGCUCGCAGUCAGCUCGGACAACGUCACCUUUGAGGUCUUUGGAAGCUUCGUCUAUUAUGAACCUCUACAGAUCCACUCCAUCGCUCCUGCUGUGGGCCUUGUGACUGGAGGCACUCUCGUCCGCAUAGAGCUGCAGGCAGACCCGUGGCCAGGCGGUUUCACGCAAGCGCAGGCGGACCUCGUCGCUCAGCCGAGCUGCAGAUUUGACGACAUCACAGCCGUUGGAUCAUACCACGCGCCUGGCUCAGAUUCGCUGCCUUCGAUCACGUGCAAAAGUCCCCUAGUCAAGGCAGGGCCUGGCCCAGUCAACCUGACGGUAUCGCUCAACGGACAGGAAUGGACUUAUUCGCGUGCGACGUUUACCUACCUGAAUGUUCCGGCCGGGGGGGUUUCACAGCCACUUAUAAUCCAGCAAGUCGCAGAAGCGGAAGCGCUGACCUCCUGGGAAGAAUACCUGCUGGCAGCAACCGGAGGGCUGCAAAGCUUUCCCAAGUUCGGGAUUGCAGAAAUUGGGCCGUCUAAUCCUGGCGUCUACAGAGUUCCCAGUGGGGGCACUUCGUUCUACGGUCCUGGGAGAGACAGCUUUUAUGGAUCAGGGGAUGACGAUUUCUACGGUUUGCCAUCUGUUCCUGGCUACGUUGCACAGUCCGCCUGUAUGUACGCUAUGCAUCCGCGCGUGGGCCCUGUCACGGGGAGCACGACAGUGUCUAUCCUCCUGACUGGCCAACUACCCCCUCCCCCGCUCGUGACGCCAUUCUGCUCAUUUGGCGGUCAGCAAGUUGCGGGAACCUAUGGGACUUCUGAGGAUAGCCACACCACCAUACUCUGCGCCGCACCCGCAACCGAUAAUGCCACGACUUUGACCGUGCUUUUCAGCCUGGACGGCAGCCACUUCAUCUCCGCCGGUGCAAGUUUCACGUAUUACGCGCCUUUUGCCGCCAACACCUUCAGGAACGUGCCCCCUGCCCAGGACCAGCAGUCACCAUUCCAGCCCAUCAUCCCUCUCGACAUUUCCAUUUUCCCGGUCGAAUUCCUUGACUACGACAGCGUUGCACUGACGGCGAGUUGCAGACUAGACGGCCUGGUCACUCCGGCAGUCUACAACCCCCUGUCAGAUGUAUACUACUACCCAGACGGGGUGCAAAGCCGGCCGUCGAUCAGCUGCUUUACCCGAGGGGCGGAGGGCGGGGACUUUGUCCUCCAGGUCUCGCUUGACGGCCAGAAUUACGUCAACGUGUCGACGCCCCUCAAUGCAACAGUAAACUUUAACGGGCCCCAUGUCGACCUGCCUGCGCUGGACGUCAACGCUACCCUGUCCCUGCGGGCGCGCCCAUACUACCCGCUCGCGCCUUCCGUGAGUCUCUGCACGACGUUCAACGGCGAUGCGGCCGCGAGGAAGGCAGCGCUUGCCAGCCUGGCGAUCUCAAAGGGGGACCUUGCCCCGGCUUUCAAAGCGCUCGUGCUCGCGUACUCGGCCAACCUUCUCUCAAAAUCCGCUAGCGGCUUCAGCAUCACCGUCGUUCCUGCCGCGGCCGGGUCUCGCGUCCGGGUUGGCACGGUGAAGCUGCAACCCACUUGGGUUAGCAGCGGGGUUAUCGACAACGUAUUCUUCCCGACAAACCUGAGCGUGGGUCUGCAUAACCUGAGUGUGGAGGUUACUGCUCCCAACGGGCUUAAUCAACUGGUUUACCAAGUUGCACUCUGGGUGCACACUUCGGCGCCCGUCCUCAGCGUCAGCCUGACGGCCGGAAGCCUUAACCCGCCUUUUGAUGUCGACGUUUACGACUACACCGUGGCGCUAGACGCGGGCGUGCGCAGUAUCUCGCUCCUGCCAACCCCGACCAACAUCUCCUCCACGCGCGCGUACCUCACCAGGCCUAGUUCCGACCCUGGGUCCGGCCGGACGGUGUAUGCGGCUCUCGACUGGUACCGGCGCAGCGGAAUCAACCUCUACUCUGACGCGUGGCCGCAGCCCAACUCGGCGUGCCCCACGUAUUCCAGCCUUCACCAAGGGGAGGGCGUUGACGGAAUGAACUGGGGCUCACUUAUGAGCGGCUGGCCCUGGUGGGCGCCCGGUUCGUGGCUCCCGGUCUCCCUCGACUGCGUCGAAACCACAGUCGUGCAACUUGUGGUGCAACAAGACGGGCUCCCCACUCGCACCUACACCCUGCGGUUCCGAAGGGCGGCCGCGGUCUCCACCGCGCCGCUAGGCUUGGCAACGCUGCGGAGCAACUACUGGAUGCAAAACGUGGUUCCCCCCUUCGACCCCGCCUUUUUAGGCCCCUAUCAAAUCCUCCCAGACCUCCAGCUUCAGUUGGACUACCAGCUCAAUCUGGUGGCCACUCCUUCGCAGCCCGGGGCAUGCGUGAGGGCGACUCCCAGUGAGUUUCAGCGCGGGGUUAACAACGUUAACCUAACCGUGACGGCGCUCGACAAGGCGACGGUUACGUACGCGCUGAUUCUGGUGGCGCGUUACGAUGCCCUGGCGGCGACCUCCCUCACAGAGUACAGCCCCACGCGGCCGCCUACCAACGGAAGCGUCCGCGAAUAUAGCGGGUUCACCGAGACUUAUUACGUCAGGUCGGACGUGGAUUACGUCAUACUCAGUACAUGGACCUGGCUGCCGCAGUCGGUGGUGGCGCUUGACUGCCAAAGUGGCUGUUCGUCUUACGACGCCUGCACCAAAACGUGCGCCGCUCUCCCAGUGCUGAACGCCAGCCAGUAUGCGGAACCGGUGAUGACGUCAGUCGACGUCAAUUCGCAGGGGCAACUGAGUUUCGUGGACUGGGCCGCCCGGCGCGCGCAGUGGGCGGUCCCCGUGUCUAGUCUCGGAUACACGCGGCUCAACUUGCAGAUCGACUGCCAGGGGCUGUGCAACGACGAGCGUUUCCCGGGGGCUACCUCGGGGUUAUAUUCAGUCGUUAUUUCCCGCCAGCAGGGGUCGGACACCAGUCUCUCGUCGCUGGGCUUCUCAAACGGCACUCUUGCGCCCACGUUCAGCGCGGGCGCGAGCGGCUUUUCGGGGACGGUUACAGUGCCAAAGGGUCUGGAUGUGGUGCACAUCACCGCUGUCGCCACAGACCCCACGGCUGAAGUCGCUGUGGAAAUAGACGGGGCGCCAGCACAUCUUCUUCACAGCGGUCACCGGAUGGAUUUGCCGCCUCCGUUUACUCCGUCGAUGCUCAAAAACGGCCUGAUCGUGCCGCGAAACACGUGGGUUUGGCAGGCUACCCCUCCUAGAGCAAACCAGACCAAGAAGGCGAAAUUUGCGGUUACGUUCAACAGGGAGUCGAGUCCAUGGAUGAACUUUUGGGGCUCCACUUACUCCGUUGACCUUGUCACAGCGAGAGGAACGGACUCUUCUCUCGCCGAGCUGUCUCUAAUCCUCCAGAACGGGACAGUGGUUGACGUACUUGAUGGGCAAUUUGCUGCUCCAGGCGGCACGAUAAGCGGUAAUUACGUCGUCCCCAAGGAAACGCUGUCGGUUGGGUUGCGCUCCAUCACUUCGGACCCGGGCGCCUCGGUCAACAGCACGACAGUCGCCUCUGUGGAUCCCGCUCUAGCCUCCGCCACAACCGUUACAAGCUCCGGGCUGCUCUUUGACGGGUCGAGCUCGGACACUUCUGUAAACGGCACCAGUAUUGCUACCCUGGCGUUGCCCCCCGGCUCCACUACUUCGAACGUAACCCGCUUCUACCAGCUGAGUCAACCUACGGUAGCGACCAACUUCCUGUUCACGGUAACGGCGGAAGACGGGGUCGCCCAAACCGUGUUUAACCUCUCCGUAACCCGAGAACUCGGCCGCCUGAGCACGCUCCGCGCCCUGGCCAUUACCAUCAAUGGCACGACCACCAGUUUCGUUGACCAGCAAGACGCGGCGCUCCUCCAAGCGCCCGACGUGCCGGCCGGAACGGAUUCCGCUGUCCUCAGUUGGACAACGGAGGACCCCGACGCCACGGCAGACUUCUCGGCGGGUCCGGCGUCCGCUGGGCUGCGCAGCCGAACGCAACACAUUUACGCCUACACCCUGGUCCUGCCAAGCAACGCUGCCGCCUCCACUAUCGCCGUCGCGGCGGCACACGCCAACUCGACCGUCGUUCUUGACGGCUCCACGCCCCGGGCUGCUAACGCUACUUUUGGUAUUGCCGCGGACGGCGCGCCUGUGACCAUUUCAGUUGCUUCGGAGGACGAGUCAGCGAGCGCCACGUACACCGUCACACCCCGCCACCUCCAACCGUUUGAGAUGACGCCAUACCUAGACUUUUCGGCGAACGCGAGCGAGGCCGUCUCCGGCGACACGCUCAGCUUCUCCAUCCGCGCGAACUGCGCGCGCUACGCGGCCGCGUUUGGCGGCGACGCAUACAACUGUGCAGAGCUCAGCGGCCUGGCUUUGGAGCUGGUUCUGGUCGCCGUGGACACGGGGACUGUGCUCGAGACGAAAGUGGAGAGCGCGCCGGGCCAGGGCCCGUUCAGUUUCUCCCCGCAAGUGGCCGGAGCUUUCGCUGUCCAGGCGAGGCCGUUAGUGUGCGUCCGGCAGCCGGACGUCUGCACUGGGAAAACCUACCAGCCCCUGAAUCUGCCGCAGAACCUGGUCAUCCGACCUGGUGCGAUCAGCCCCGCAACCAGCCGCCUGAUUCUCGCUGAUGGUGUCACACUGGACCUGGAGGAUGAGAGCCCGGUAACCGUGAUUCAGCGCGAUGCUGCUGGCAACUUGAUCACCACUCCUCCCACCGUGGUGGUGUGUCCAACUGUCGACAACUCGACGGCCACAACAAACGGAUCGGCUCCUUUGGCUGUAGACGUCGUUCAUCCCCUGUGUCCGGCGACAAACUUGACGGUUUCCAUGACGCAGCUUCACGACGGCACUUUUUCGGUCACGUAUGCCGCGAAGCUUGCUGGCAGAUACCGCGUAGUUCUGCAGGAUUCGGCGGGAAGCUCCGUCGUCGAAGCGCAGCAGAUUGUGCUGCUUCCAAAGGACGCACCGAUAGAUGCAGGGCGUUCUGUUCUCGUCGUCCCCGGCAACUUCUCAAGGGCUUCCGCCAACGUCAGCUUCUGGAUGGUGCCAAAGGAUCAGUACGGCAACCAGAUCUGGGUCGGCGACGACAUGAGCGGCAUAAGCGCGCAACUAUAUCCUCAGGGAUUCUCGACUCCGUCUCCUUGGGAGGCGCUUAUCAGCUUCGAGCCUUAUCAAUUUGAAAGCGCCAGUCCGACGGCGCGCUUCAAGCUGGAUUUCAGCGGGGUCUCGCAAGCAGGGACCUACACGCUUCGUGUUUUGAUCCACGGCGUGCGCAUGAGUAACGUCCCUGCCUUUUACCUACCUCAACCGGAUCUUGUUAACAACAACUGGCCUUGGCUCGCUCGAUACGCAGCGUCUACUGACCUGGUGGACGCAUACUAUCCGGGGGCCUUCUCUACCUCGGGCGGGGCUUACCUAACCCUCACCUUGCUGAAUCCAAGCUUGACCCCAAACUAUUGGUACACCACCUCGCUCUACUACAACGACUGGCUGGUGUGCCGCUUCGACUCGACCACCGUCGUGCAAGGCGGCCACAUCACCAACUACGACCCGCGGGCCUCCUCCGGACCCACCGUCACGUUCCUUGUGCCGCCGUUCACGGGGGGCAGCAAAGAAGUGGACCUCGAACUGAGCGCUGACGGCAUCCUCUUCAAAAAGUUCGGCAGCCUGAUGUAUCAUGAGCCUUUGUCAGUCGACUCCGUCUCGCCCCCGUCCACUCCCCUCGGGGGCGGCGUCCUGGAGGUGCGGCUGAUGAACCGGCAGCCACUGCCGGCCAACUUCACCGACGACGACAUCGCCAACUUCCUGGACCCAAGCUGCCUCGUCAACUCCUCCCGAGUGGCCGGUACAUACAACCGGGCAACCCCAGAUUACCCCUGGCCUUCAGUCUCGUGCGUGAGCCCCAAGGGUCAGGACGGGGGACUGGUCAGCGUCACCGCUUCUCUCAACGGCUUGGAGUGGGCAGCGGAGCCGCGCCCGUAUCUGUACGUCGGUUCCCACCAAUUGACGGACGAGGAGCUGCUCAGCGAGCUGCAGCACUGGGGGGACCAGGGCCAGCUCGGAGAGUUCUAUGACCUGUUUUACGGGACAGGGGUCGACGGCUUCUACGCAACCUCUGGCGGUGGGUCCGUUCGGUACCCGACCGCGCCCGCCUGCAUGGAGGGCAUCUUCCCAAGCGUUGGGCCCCUCAGCGGGGGAACAAACGUCUCCAUCCUAGUUUCGGGGCAGCUCCCGCAUGGGCGCUCUAAGCCGCCGGUCUGCGCGUUUGGGUCGCUCAAAAUCAACGGCUCCUACUCGCCCGAGACGUCAACAAUCAGCUGCACCGCGCCCGCGGCCGCGGCUAUCGGCCUGUCACAGCCGGGAACGGUAGCGCUGACGGUCAGCCUCGACGGAAGAACGUUUACGCCCGAGGGGGCGGCUUUUACUUACUACGCGGACUUCUACCCCCACAACUUCCGAAACGUGCCGCCACCGCCUGACCAGCUGACGACGCCCUUCCAACCGACGAUCCCCUUAGACUCCGCCCCCUUCCCGGGCGCCUUCUCGGACUUCGACCUGGUUGCCACGUCAGCGACCUGCAAGCUGAACGGCCUGGUGACGCCAGCAAUCUACCAGCCUCUGGCGACCGUCUACUAUUGGUGGGGUUAUGUGCGGGAGCAGCCGACCAUAAGCUGCGUCACUAGAGGAUCUCCUAUGGGCGACCGUAACCUGCAAGUCUCGUUGGACGGGCAGCAUUACGUCACCGUGACCCCGGCCCUGGACCAGCAAACGGACCUUUACAGUCCUGGCAAUUUCGUCACCCGGCCUGACCCAACUGCCCUUGUGGAGCGCCAUUCCGGUCGGGCCAACUUCACCCGGCUGCCAGCGACGUCCCGAUACUGCAUCGCUUUCCGAACCGGCGCGGCCGCCGUAGCCGCUCUCGCGGGCCUCACCAUCG